ACUUGGUUACAUAACAGGUCGUUCAAACAUGUUGGCAGACUAAACAGUCUAACAGUGCUUUUAUAAUAUAAAGGAAUAUAUGAAAAUUUAAAGUCAGACAUGGAUAAAAAUUCACAACAAUCUUCUUCAAGCUGUGAUGGUAGCAUUACAGACGAGGAGAAAUCGUCUGACAUUAAAACAGCCAAUGAUAAAUCUACUGUCGAUUUCAGUGAACGAACUUGGAAAGAAGAUUUCGCUCUGAUUGUCGAAGGCGAGAAGCUGUUCGUGUCUAAGGCUGUUUUGGCACUUGCCUCUCCAGUGUUUGAUCAAAUGUUUCAGUCAGACUUUAGAGAAAAAUAUCAAACAGAAUUGAAUCUUCCUGGAAAAAAGGUGCAAGAAAUGCGAGAUUUUCUGAGGUCAAUUUAUCCCGGUAUGAGCGAAUGUAUAUCUGAUGAGAACGUGUACAGGCUACUACCUCUGGCCGAGGAAUAUCAGGUGACUACUCUGGCAGCCAAAUGCGAGAGAUUCCUUAUAAGUAGACUUAACAAAGAACUUACAGCAGACGACACGAAGAUGAUGUUGCAGACAGCUGCGAUUUAUAAUAUGGAAGAUUUAUUUGUCAAGUUGUUUGAAGAGUUGCCAGAACAGUCUGCUAGAGAUAUUAUUUCGGCAAAAAUUCUUCUACCUUCGACAAUCGUUCCAAAGAUCCUGGAUAAAUUGAUGGGGCGUCUGGACCAAGUCAGAGAGCAGAAAUUAUGGUAUGAGGGUAUAUACAAUUACCUUGAAUCUGGUUUUUCCCGCACAGAGCAACAAAAUCUCGAGAUAUAUCAAGGUUGGAAAUGCAAAUCCAUACAUCUUAAAUUGAAUGUCGAUGAUUUAAAGAAAUCCAAAACGCUACAAACAACGCAAUUCAAGUUUUUGGAUUUUGAGGAAAAUUGUAAGGUUUCUGUUUAUAGCAAUGGCACAUUGAGUCAAAUAUUUGUUGACAUUUCGUUUGAUAAGCACACAUUAGAAACAUCAAAAGUAACAGUCCAUGGGCGAUUCGUAAUCAGAAAUGUCAGCUAUGAAAAUGAAAAUUACAAGUCUACAUUUGAGAUGGAAUUUGGAGCAACAAAACUGGAGCAAACAGCGACGAUGGCAAAUACAUCCAAUCUGUAUACAAAAACAUAUGGAUAUAUGCACUACAAUUCUAUGGACGCAGAAGUUCAUCUUUUAGCCAAAAUACAAGAGGUAUAAAAGCGUACAGCCUUAUUAUUUCCCUGUAUUUGAAGUACAACAGAUAAGUCAAGCUACUUUUAAGAAUUGCACAGCAAGGAAUUCAUUGCAUACAUUAUCUUUGAAAACAAAAGCUAUAAAAUCUAUAAACUCGUAAACAAUAGUUAUGUACACGAGAGAAAACUAAAAUAGUAUUGCAAUUAGUGAUAAACAAAGAAAGUCUAUAGGAGGCCAAAUCUGUUCACUAAAUAUACUAACUCUAACAUUUCAUUAAUACCGGUAUCUGAAAUAGUUUUGGAAACAGACAUAUCUAAGAUUUGUAGAACUUUCAAGGACUCUUUUCACAGUUAUUUUGGUGAUAAUAAUUUUGUUAUUGAACUUACCAUUUGAUGCUAUUGAAAUACAUGAUUGUAAACUAAGAUCGUGACUUGGAUGUAGUGGAAACGAAACUGCAUCAGAAUUUGAGAUAUGUGCAGUUGUGAACUUUAAACAGCGUUAAGUCAGCAAAUAAACAAAAUAUUUAC